AUGGAGUCCAAAAACUCUCAAACAUUCGAAAGCCCUAGCGACGGGCUCUUGAGCUCCUACCGAGAUGACUCGCUGAGCGAAGAUGCCCCUACGCUCUGGGAGCAGAACCUCCCCUGGUACCGCUCCAAGUUUCGCAAGCCGCUGGCGGUGGCGGGCUGUCUCAUCGCGCUGCUCGGGGGCACGGUGAUCUACCAAGCGGUGCAGCUCUCACGCCACCACCCCGCCACGGUCACGGGCUUCGAGGCCGGCAAGUCUGGCCGGUGCGGCUUCACGGCCACCGAGGCCAUCGCCAAGGGCUGCGUGUUCGACUACAUGAACUUCAGCUGGCAGCCGCCCGAGUGCUACGACCCGGAGCUCGACAAGGAGCACGCGGCGAGGAUGAGGGAGGAGCGUCCCGUCCGGUGGUGGGCGGACGCAAACCUCACCAUGCCGCUGCCGGACGACAAGGAGGUGCUCAAGAUGUACGGCGAGGUGUGGGUGGAACGCCGCUUCCACUACAAGCACUGCAUGUACAGCUGGGACAGCCUGCACCUGAGCUACGAGGACGGGCGCCCGAUCCCGGACCUUCAGACUGUUCACCACUCCAGGCACUGCGCCAAAACCCUGGACAAGGCCAUCAAGGUAGACAACGGCACCGAGGUGCUCAUUGAACACGCUGUCACCUGGUUCUCUGCAUGUGUCUGGCCGAGAGCCUAG